CCCCAGCCUCCCCCCCCCCCUACAUACCGCCACAAAAGUCAGGAAGCACAGCAUGUGUAGCUGCCAUUAGAGGCCACAAGAUCAUUAUUGGAAAUGCUGGACAUUCUCGUUGCAUAAUCUCAAAGAAUGGAGAGGCCAUUGAAGUAACCAGUGAACACAAACCAAGCCAUCCAAAUGAACAAUAUAGAAUUGAAAAAGCAGGGGGGCGAGUAACCAAGGAUAAUUUUCAAGUACCAGGAGAAGCAGAAGGAUUCUUCCGGCAGCGAGGGUCGGGUAUCUCUCGGAUUAAUGGAAUCUUAGACCAUUCCAGAGCGAUUGGACAUUUUGCAUUCAAGUAUAACAAGGAUUUUCCUCCUGAAGAACAAAUGGUGACUUGUGAUCCAGAACUUGUCACUAUGGAUAUUACCAGUGAUAUUGAGUUCCUUGUCUUAGUAAGUGACGGUAUCUGGACUUGUCUGACAAGUCAGGGUGUGGUUGAUUUUGUAAACUUGUACUUAAAACCCGGGAAGAAGAUGGAUCCGCGCACCAUCUGUCAGAAACUUUGUGAUCGUUGCGAGGUAUCGAGUGACAACGUGACCGUCAUACUGAUUCAGUUCAAGGACGCCCCGGCCCCGCCACCCGCACCAGAAGAGAACUUGCCCGGUGACGCCGCCAACAACAGGAACGCCCCGCCACCCGCUCCAGCAGAGAACUUGCCCGGUGACGCCGCCAACAACAACGCCGCGCCACCCGCACCGGAAGAGACGCCCCACCUGCGUGAUGAUGAGAUAACGGAAGCUUGAUGGUCGCGGCAGAGUUUUUGAGUUCUGCGGCAAGAGAAGAAAGCUCCUGGGAUUUUUGUAGGUUCCGCUAGAGCGCUGUCCCCCCCCCCCCCCCCCCCCCCCUCGUCGUCGAAGACAGACAGAGUUGGUGUGAUGCCAGUAUGCCACUGGGUAGGAUGAUGCUACCGUUUUAGUCGUUUCCUCUUGAACUAGUAGUGUAAUUCUGCUGCCUGGGUACGGUUCCAGUUCCACUGGAUGGAGAUUUUGCUCUAGAACAACUUUAGUUCACGCACAAACCUUUGUUGUUCUGGUCUCUGAAUCCUGGAUAUGCUUAAUCAAGUUGCACUUUAUAUCUUUCCCUUUGCCUUUA